CGUACGGGUUUUGUUCCUUGCACGUCCUUUGUUUGCGACUUGCGAGCAGCUAGUCACGUGAGCGGAUCCGUAAUGUCAACGAAGAAACCGGAAAUGGCAAACGGCCUUAAACGACGUCGCAUGACAAAGAGAAGCUUCCUUGAGAAACAGAAGGCGACGGUGGAUAAGCUGAGUGGGAAGUUCGCUAAGAAGAAAGAAAAGAUUAAGCGAAUGAAGAAGGGGAUAAACGAUAUGAUGGCGAAACUGGAGGACGUGGAAUCGGAAUGCGCCAGAAUGAGGGAGGAGUAUGAGCUGGCGAUUGAGCAGAACGUCGACCUCCAACUCGCGCUCGACUACAUGCUGUUUGCCUUCUUGGGCGGAGGAGACGCUGGAAGCUGAUUCCUCUUGCCCUUUCACCAAACCCUAAUCCUAUCCAUAUGUGUAUUAUUCGCAUGCCUGUUUCCUAUUUUAAUUCUGAAUUAGCUGAUAGCAUUGUGGGGAAAAGGAAGAUAAAGGUUGUCCUUAUGUUGAUUGGGGGAUAAAUAAGGAAGACGGAAGAGUAUAAAUUAUGUGUAUGUGUAAUUUUGGCAU